GCCUCGGGUGGUUUGUCGUAGUAGAGACAGUGACCAAAGAAGCAGAGUCUUCUUUCUCCACGCACGCGCACGCCGAGGAAGGCACAGCCCGGAAGUAAUUUGGCAGGCGGAGAUUCCGGGCCGGUUCUCUUACGCCGGGAAGAUGCGGCUCACGUCUGUCUUGCGGGGCGCCGUCGUGGGCCUGAGGGAGCGGUUCGAUUUUGGCGGUCGGGACGUGGCCCGCUGGUUCCCCGGGCACAUGGCCAAAGGGCUGAAGGACAUGAAGACCCGCCUGCGCGUUGUGGACUGCUUGCUGGAGGUGCAUGAUGCCCGCAUCCCAUUCUCAGGCCGGAACCCCUUGCUGAAGGAAGCCCUGAGUAUCCGUCCACAUUUGCUGGUGUUAAACAAAAUGGACCUGGCAGACCUAACCCACAAAUCGCGAAUUCUGGAACAGUUGGAACGGCAAGGUCUCAAACACGUCCUCUUCACAGAUUGCCUGAAAGAUGAAAAUAUCAAGGAGAUUCUUCCUCUUGUCACAAAAUUGAUCAGCAAUAGUGAGCGCUAUCAGAGGGCUGAGAAUGUGGAAAGUUGCCUAAUGGUUAUUGGUGUGCCAAAUGUGGGGAAAUCAUCCGUCAUCAAUUCAAUGAGAAGGCUGCACCUCAGGAAAGGGAAAGCUUCCAGGGUUGGUGGGACACCAGGUAUUACCAAAGCUGUCCUCACCAAAAUCCAGGUGUGUGAGCGACCCCUCAUGUUCUUGUUGGAUACCCCUGGGGUGCUGUCUCCCCAAAUUGGGUCUGUAGAGACUGGCCUGAAGUUAGCACUGUGUGGAACAAUCCGCGAUCACCUGGUUGGUGAAGAGAUCAUUGCUGAUUAUCUGCUUUACACACUGAACCAUCAGCAACAAUUCAGUUAUGUAGAACGGUAUGGGCUGACCAGCCCUUGUGAUGACGUGGAGAGUGUACUCAAGAGCAUAGCACUGUACCUCGGCAAGACCAACCGAAUCAGGGUGCGGACUGGCACAGGAGAUGUGACUGUGAGAGCACCCAAUUACAAUGCAGCAGCGUGUGAUUUUAUCUACUCUUUCCGCAAGGGACAUUUGGGGAAGGUAAUGCUUGACCAGGCUUAGUAAUGUUCUCUGUGAUGGUACAGUCACACAGAAAACAAUCCCAUUUUCUUCUGGAUUGUUCUGAAGAUUCCACAUCGAGCAGGAGGAACACCACUAUGCAGCUGAUCAGGACUGUGGGAACCCUACGUUUUCUCAAUAAACCUGGAUCACAGGCAGCCAUUGACAGUUUCAUCUGCUAUCUUAUGGACAAGGUUAUUGGAUGCAGCUGUAGAACCUUGAGAUAAGGAUCAAGCUAGCAACUAUGAUCAUCAUUUAUAGUUGCCAAGCCAAUUUUCUGUAUAUCUACCCUUCCCAAGCUCCCCGCUCUUCCAGCCAUUUCUUCCCAAUUUUAGCAAUCUGUCUAUUCUGAGAGAGAGAAUUGCUUAAUUUUCUUCAGAAGGCCCAGGUACUUUGGGCAAAGCAGAUCAUAAGGAAACCAUUACGGGUUGCUGUGCUGGGGCAUGAUAUUAUGCUUUUGGAACAUUUUGUCAGCGAAGCGCACUAAGCUAAGGCAUGACUCCAUGAUCUCCUUAGGCUUGUCUUGUGGCUUCUUUGAAGAACUUUUGGCAUCUGCUUGCUAUUCUCUUCAUGUUUAUGUGAUUGAAGUGAAAGAUUUUGGCUUGUCUUUGCUUUCUAAGCAGCAACAGGCACGUUCUGUCAUUCUCUCUUUAUUAACUGGAAAGGAAUGGUUCUAGUUCCAAAGGAAGCUAUUUUUGCCCCUUGCUGCCUUACACUAUGUGUUUGUGCCCUAUCUCUGUUGUCUCCUGUUGCUCUGCAGUAUCUUACUCUUAAUUAGAAUGUUGUAUGACUUGACCAUGCCUCGUGGGAGUCUGCUUUUGUACAAAAUUGAUACGAUGUUAAAGGAUACAUUUACUUGAAAAUUUAAAAAAAACAGAUUGGAAGUGACUGAGCUGGUUGACUUCUCACCUUAGUUUGGUCAGGGCAGUUUGUUUGCUUGUUACUUUCAGCCUCCUUGCUCUUCUUCCCUCCUCCUCCUUGCUGGACUUUUGUUGACCUUGAUUAGGGGUUGAACUGGACAUAGCACCAGCGAGAAAGCCAUGCUGAACCUAUUUAUUUUCAUGGCCUGGCAAGGAAGAGUAUUGCACUGUAGCAGCUAGGGGCUGCUCUGCUGGCGCAUGCCACAAAUGGGCUUUGAUAAGACAGAAAUGUUAGGAAAUAACAUUUAGAAAACAAUAUUAUUUUGAGGGGUGGGGGGUCAUUAUGCAACGGUACUGCAAUUCACCUUUGAGGAAACAUGGAUUGCAUCAUUUUGACUUGGCAGACUAUCAGCCAAGAGUUGAAAUGGCAUUUUGCAAGAUGCUUGGGGAGGGCAGGGAGAGAGACUAAGCACCAUUCUCAUUAUGCUCUAGUCUGUGAUAAUGCAUGGGUAUUUUGCAUCUUUCCCAAAUAAUAAUCUGUCCCAGUCCUGACACUAGGGAUAGCUUAUUGGCAUGUAAUUGUUAUUAAACAGGCCCAGAUCCCCGUUCUGCUUCACUAAGGAAUUGCACCGUAUUUUGAAUAAAUUAUACAAAUAUUUAGAUA